CAUUGCCCCAAGCAGCCUCUGUGGCCCAGGUCUCGCUCCAGUUGCUCCGGCUGCAGGCUCCGCCGCCUCCUGCGGAGUGUGAAGCAGCAGACCCCAGCCCCCACCCUGCAAGCCCAGGCAUGGAACGAGGGAUCUGGGCCCUUCUCCUGGCAUUAGCAAGCCUGCCUGCCUUGGAAGCCAAUGACCUGCAGGAUGAGGACAGUCCAUUUCACUACGACUGGGAAAGCCUGCAGCUGGGCGGGAUGAUCAUCGCGGGGCUCCUGUGCGUCCUUGGCUUAGCCCUGGCUCUGAGUGGCAAGUGCAAGCGCAAGGGCAGUAACAGCCCCUUACCUGAGAAAGCCAAGCCGCUCAUUACUCCAGGUUCCGCCCAAAACUGCUGAGUACUCGCCGCACCCCGGAUGCCACAGAGGACCGCGCUGGAGGCCUCUUUCUCCUCUGGCACCUUUUGACUACUAGACUGCAAAGAGCUUCUUUGUGCAUUAAACUGA